AUGGCGGGCGGCUUCCCACUGGCAAAAUGGCAUGCAACUCAUCUCGACAUACUCAAGACUGUCACCGACAGCGAAGACCAAGGCUCACAAAUUACCUUCGACGAUUGCGCAACCAAGAUACUCGGACUCAAAUGGCUCCCUCAAGAAGAUACUUUUGCAUUCUCAACCCGAAGCUCACGCUCGGAAGACAGACUCACAAAACGCCUCGUCUUAUCUGAAGUGGUUCAGAUACUCGAUCCACUUGGUUUUGCAUCACCUGUCGUGAUCAAGGCCAAAAUUCUCUUGCAGGAGCUGUGGCUGCACAAGCUCCAAUGGGAUGAUCCCCUGCCAUCCCAGCUCUCAGCCCGGUGGCUCAUCAUCAGAGAAGAACUCACAAGCUUGGCCAAGCUCUCAAUACCACGGUGGCUCAACACGUGGAGCGACUCGCAAGUGGAACUUCAUGGAUUCUCUGAUGCUUCUCAAUUGGCAAUGGCUGCAGUCAUAUACAUAUCCGUUCACGACUCAAACGGCGCCACAUUCUCACUUGUGUGCUCCAAGACUAAGGUAGCACCUCUCAAGCGGCUCUCAAUCCCGCGACCUGAACUCACGGCUGCUCUACUGCUCUCUCGACUCAUGCAAUACGUCAAGGCCACUUUGAACAUGGACGUAACGGCAACUCACAUGUGGACGGAAUCUCUAGUGACACUUUCAUGGAUCAGAUCUCACACAUCACGCUGGAAGGAUUUUGUCAGAUACAGGGUGGCUCAAAUUGAAGGACUCACUCCAGCUGCUCACUGGAGAUACAUACCUGGAACUUCCAAUCCGGCUGAUGGCGCAUCACGAGGCCUCACGACUGCUCAACUUCAAGGUCAAUCACUUUGGUGGACGGGACCACCAUGGAUACUCAACCCAGACUCAUGGCCGUCGCAACCUGCACUCUCUGAAGAAUUGAGUGCAACAGAAGCUCGCCCAGGCGUUUCGCUAUUGACGGUUACGCCAAGGACUGAUCAUCAAUUGGAACUCAACUACAGGUACUCAAGCCUCACUAAACUAUUGAGGAUUACAGCUCUCUGUUUCAGAUUCGUCUCACGGUUGAGGAAAGUCCACGACUCAUUGCCUGUCAGACACAUCUCUCCAGAGACCUUGGAGAAAGCGAGGCUCUUCUGGAUUCAGGCAGCUCAAGCAACGCACUUCUCUCACGAGCUCAAGGCGCAACAAGCAGACUCACCGUUGGCAAAGGCACACUCAUUCAACCGAUCAACUGCGUACAUCGACGCUCAAGGAGUCAUUCGCGUCGGCGGACGACUCGCUCACGCAGCUCUCUCACUCGAUGCGACACAUCCUGUAAUAUUGCCUCGUCACUCUCAGCUGUCGUCAUUGAUCAUCGCUCACGCUCAUCAACGGACUCUACAUGGAGGCACGCAGCUUACGCUGUCACACAUCCGACAACAAUACUGGAUUCUCAGCGGGAGGGCUCCUGUCAAGUCUCACAUUCUGCGGUGUGUCACGUGUGCUCGUCAGAGGGAGAUCCGUGCUCAUCAAUUGAUGGGCCAACUACCUCUCUCUCGGGUUACGCAGGCACGACCGUUCACUCAUACAAGUGUGGACUACGCAGGGCCACUCACCGUCAAAACAUGGAAAGGAAGAGGUGCCAAGACCACUAAAGACUGGAUUUACGUUUACGUCUGCUUCGUAACCUCAGCAGUACACCUCGAGGCGGUUAGUGAUUACUCAACGGAGGGAUUCAUUGCCGCCUAUCGACGCUUUUCAUCCAGACGCGGCAUUGCUCACACCUUGCACUCCGACUGCGGCACCAAUUUCAUCGGCGCGGAUGCAGCUCUCAAACGGCUCUUUAUCCAGAGCACUCAAGAACAUCAGCGAGUUUCUCACCUGCUCUCGCAAGAUAACAACCGAUGGGAAUUCAAUCCCCCAGCGACACCUCACAUGGGAGGAAAAUGGGAGGCCGUCGUGAAACCAAUCAAAUUCCAACUACGGCGCACCAUUGGAGAAGCCGUACUCACCUUUGAGGAACUCACCACAUUGCUCACUCAAAUUGAGGCAAUUCUCAACUCGCGACAUCUCUAA